UAUUUAUAGAUAGACAAAAAUAAUACGUGGCAGUUUUUGACGACAUUCUUCUGUGAAUAAAAUACUUCUAAUUUAAACACAAAACUUAAUUUCUUGUGAAAUAAAUUUUAAUAUAAUUAAUUGUUAGAAAUAAAUUUAUUUUGAGAAAGAUAUAGUUCAUUUUUAACCAUUACAAUGAAUGUUAAAGUGACAGUUCUAUUUCUAACAUGUUUACUGGUGAUGAGGAAUUUUAAUAAAAGUUCAUUGCUCAACGUUUUUCAAAAAAUGUGCAAAAUUUCGAAUAAAUUGGACAGUGAACGAGCAAGUUUAGUCAUUGAAAACAACAAGCAGUUCAAUAUGAAGGUCAGUGACAAAUUUUACAAUAAUUCUGUAAACGAUAUCAAAAAUUUUAAUAAAAUAACUGAAAAUCCAAAAUCGAUUCCAAAGUCAAGUGAAGUCAGCAUUUUAAUUACGUUCUACAAUUAUGUUCGAAAUAAAAAAAUCAGCGAAUUGUUUACAAUUUGGCCACAUAUUACAGAUGACCUUAAUGUCAUUCCUUUCAUGAAUGAAAUUACUGACGUUGAAAUAAGUAUUCUUUUUGGAUUUUCGACUAUCUUAAUUCAGCAUAGAUUGAAUCAGUUCAUUUGUCAAAAAUCUGUGCAUCCAAUGAUUUCAAUAUCUCAAGUAAUCAUAACCACUGAGAUUGUUACAAAACUUUUAAAGCUUGUUACAAAACCAGCAAUGGCAAAUAUUAAUAUUUCGACAGAAAAACGAAAUGAUCUUUAUAAAAGAUUUUUUUGGCAAAGAUAUAAACUUAUAGAUCUGUAUCUCAAUAAGGUGUGCAAUGAAUCAACAGCAAUGGGACUUUUGCGAAGUUACGCCUUUUCAACACCUAAAGUCAUGACAAAUUUUGCUUCAAAUUUAAAAGAUUGUAAAAGUCCACCAUUUCAAUAUAAAUCCUUCAAGCUUCAAAAUUUUGAUUAUUAUGAAAAAUUAAGGUUCAAUUUACAUGUUGAACAUUGGUUAACUAAGCAACAAGCAAUUCAGCGUAUUUCUAACAUUUACAGCCAGGAAGAAAUAAGUUUUAUAAAUAUUCCGUUAGGAGAGUUAUUCAAUGACUAUUUGGCAAAUAACCUAUUUGAUGCUAUUACUUUUGACGAUUAUUACGCAAUAAAAAGUUUGUUGUCUAAUCCACAAUUUAUAAAUGAUAAGGAAUCUUUUAUUUAUUGUCAAAUAAUGAAAGCUGUGCACAGAUUGGCUAUUCGACAGUUUGAUGCAAGGCCCCAAAGAAAUAAUAGACAUUUACCAAAGUAUAUAUAUUGUUAUAUAGGAAAUUGGAAAAUUGGGAGAACAUCAUAUGCAGCUUUUGAUGAUUUGACACUUUGUUAUAAAGACAAUGUAAAAUGGGAUUCUAUUGACCAAAAACAUAAUCUCCUUAAGCUUAAUAAGUAUAUCACUAAGACAUAUCUUAAAAUAGAGAUUUUUGAAUUGUACCUUAUUGUAGAUUUAAAAAUCUUUAUUAAAAAUUCUAAAUACUAUUUAAUUCUUCCGCAAACAUUUAUUGAUAUGAAGAGGAGUGCUAAUAUUUUAAUUGGAGAGGAACGUGUAAAUUUACUGCAUUUAAAUAGUGACGGGAUUAGACAUAGUCAUUGGCUAGCAGAUAAUGUAAAUAUGGCUUUAGAAUUUGAAAAAAAGUGCAACCGCAAUUCUAAAGCUAUUGAAAAAUGGUAAUUUGUAAUUUCUCAUUAAUAUAAACAGCCAUUAAAUGUCCCACUUUAAUAAAUGUUCAGGAAUGUUUAACUAUAAGCAUUUAUUUAAUUGGGAAAUUUAGGGUACUGUGGUACUUUAGGCGUAAGAAUACACUUAUGUCUCAUUAAUAUAAACAACCUGUUUUACAAUAAACUGUUGAGAAGAUGUACUGGUGGUACUCUCUGCCCAGGUCACUAGUUUCUAAAUAAAUAUUCUCUUACAAUUUU